AUGGAGAUUGUUUUUAUUCUAAGAGUAUCAACUCCUCGCUGGAUAAACUUUCUCUAUGAAGUACUAGCAACUCAAGUACAUCGUCUUCCAUCUCUUAUUCAAGCCCUACGUCAUUUGCAAGUGUCGCAAUAUGUUUCUGCGCGGCUUGUUCUUAUAAAAAGCCGACCUCAGGAUGAUUCAAGUCAUUCGUCAGCUGAUCGCCAAAGUAAUCGUCUCUACCUACAGACCACGUGGGAGAUAACAACACAAAAACCUCUUCAAGCUACAUCAAGUGUGAUCACACCAAAAAUUUCAACUAUGUCUCGCCUUGUUUUCAUCCUCCUCGUUACAUGCUCCACCAUGGGCUUCGUACUGGCUGCACCUUCCUACCUAGAUGACACCAAAGGUAAUACCGUAACACACUACAUCAGUAUCGAAGAUUUGAAAAAAUUAGCUGAUGUUGCCAGCGACUUGGACAACAUAUCCAACAUGGUUCAAAGGCGUAAACGCAGUUUGUCCAGCUUCCUGGUUCAAAUCAUGACGAAAGCCCAAAAGAACUCAACUACAGCAAGAUACGCAAUGUUUUAAAAAGCUAAAUUCCACCAGAACCAACGCAAAAAUGUUGCCGCCAGCAGCUUGGGAAAUUGUCUCAGAAAAGAAAUGGCCACAGACUUUGCAAAACUUCCGUGAAUGAGCCAAAUUAGACACACACAGACAUACACACACAAUUAUGUGUGUAGACAUGAAGAAAAUAGAUCCCUGGAGUUUUCCCUGUUCGUCCAAACAAAAUGGUACAAUCGUAUAAGGAAUUCUUUCGUUUGAGCUUAUCUGCAACCACUAAUAUUUGUGUAGUUAUGUAAUGUGAAAGUACGCAACAUUAAGUUAUGUAUAUAAAGUUGUCUUUGUAUUAACAUCUAUAUGUAUAUAUGCGUGUGUAUGGUGUGAGUGAUACAAAUCAUAUUUGCUUCCCCAACUCACUUUGAGUCAGAGAAAUAUAUAUUUUCAUACUUCGUGUAAAAUAGCCCACACUACUUAGCAUCCAAGGGAAGACAAUACAAAUAAAUUUCCAUCAUGACAUGGAAUCUUGUUAGAAAACCAAACUUUUGCAAAUAGAAUCCGUAUAGAU